CCACAUCGCGACAAGUAAUCGACUUAAAACAUUCUGAAUUUUGAAAAAACGCAAUUAGUUGUCGACAGUCGUUUGUGUGUUUAACAUGAUUAUAUUAGCGAUUUUAACAAUUUUUUUCAUUUUCGCUCAGGCCAACUCAAACCCCUCGGUAUACAUAAACGAAAUUCCCGUCAUACCGCCAUUUAAAGUCGGCUUCGGUGGAGUUUGGGAUCCUCGCGUCUCAUCCACCUACUUUGUGGACCACUACUCAAAUAACUGUUACCGUUAUUCGUGGAUCGAAGACCGUAUGUACAAGGCCACCGUUGAAACAAACUUCACAAUUUCCUUUUUAUUUCCUUCGAGAGAGGCUGUUAACCAAUUUCUCGUUGGAGCCGGUAACACGAUCAUUCUUGUCGAAUGGGACGGCGCAUCCGAGACGGCUAAGCUUGUGAAAGUUGUAUGUGAAGUUGAAGCGAAUACGGGAAAUAUUAUGAAUCAUGCCGUUGCGAGUCAGUUCGGAGAACUUAUUUUUGGUACGUUCGCACCAAAGUUGUGCGGGGCAAAUGUUACACAAGGUGUGUACCAGCUCGAGCGGAACAAAAACCAGUCCGUUGUCAAAACGCUGUUUACGGACGUGAAAGUAACCAGUGGCGUAGCAAUUGAUGAGAAACUCAGCGUCUUAUAUCACUUGGACGGAUGUUUGCAGGAGCUAACUGCUUACGAUCGAAAUGUUAUUACAGGCGAUUUGUCCAAUAAAAGAGUUGUCAUUAAGUUUAAUUUUCCGAGCUACACAUUAAUGGUUGGUCUAAUCAUUGACAGUGAUGGUCACCUAUACACUGGCCUCUAUGGAGGAUCGGCUUUAGUAUGGAUCAACACGAAAAGUCGCACUUAUCGGCUAAUCGAAACACCAACUCCAUUCGUUGGUGAUCCGGGAUUUAGUGGACGAGACAACAAUAAACUGACGGUGGCUACCGGAACCGCAACUCCUUACUUUUCGACAGGACAAUUAAAUAUGACGAUUGAUACUCCGCUUGCUGGCAGUGUGUUGAGAAUAAAUGGGCUUGGAACUAGAAGCAGUGGAACGAGAUUACCAGCAACGUAAACCGCAUUUCGAAUUUGUUGAACAAAAAAAUUUUGCAAAUGAAAUCUUUGCUUGAAAUGUAUGUAUAGUCACUAACAGUUUCACUAACGGUUGCAAACCAAUUUAUCCAGACCUGCUAGUCUGAGCAUCCAAUUUUGAGCAU